AUGGAGCUCCCAGUGACUACAUAUAAACGAAGCGAUUAUAUAGAGACUGACACUGGAAACAAAGUCAGUCGAAACUCGACCAUCUCGGGAAGUCAAAACAUCAUUCUUGGCGGCAAGACCAUCAUUCAAGACAAUUGUGUUGUAAGGGGUGAUUUGCGAAGAACUGGUGGAGGACACUCAGUCGUGGUCUCUAUUGGACGAUAUUGUUUGCUGGGACAACGAUGUAUUGUUAGGCCACCGUACAGGACUUACAAAGGGGUAUUCAGCUACUAUCCAAUGAAAAUUGGAGACUAUGUACAUAUCGGCGAGGACUCGAUCGUGGAAGCAGCUACAAUUGGAUCUCAUGUUAUGAUUGGCAAGAAUUGUGUACUUGGUCGAUUCUCUUGGAUCAAAGACUGCUGCAGGAUAUUAGACGGAACCGUGAUUCCACCAAACACUGUGAUCCCCUCGUUCUCCGUAUACGGAGGCAACCCAGGUCGCUUGGUGGAUGUAUUGAGUGAAAGUGCUCAGGAUGUAUAUGAAGCACUGACAAAGGACUAUUAUCACUCAAAAUUCGUGUUAUAA